AUGACAUCAUCUAUUGAAGACCCAUGGGGGGACGGCACAAUGAGUGGUAUAGGCGGCGGGGACUUGUCUGUCCCUGACGCCAACUCAUCUACUCCCAAUAGUCCUGUUGUCAUUGAGGAAGUUAAUUUGGAAGAUCCGGAAGAUGUCGUAUUGGAUGAGUCGAAAUCACAUGAAGAAAAAUCACAAAUCCUGCAAAAAAUGCUUUUUAGUGCAUCCAGCAAUGGUGAUAUUGACCGAGUCCAUGAUUUACUGGGUAGCGAAACAACCAGGCCAUUUAUUGAUGUCAAUCGGAAAGAUGAGAAUGGUAGCACUGCUUUGAUAUACUCGAGUUGUUUCGGCCAUGAUGCAGUGGUUGCUGAACUUCUAAGGUUUAGCGCUUCGCCUGAUGAGCAAGAUAAGCACGAGUGGACAGCUCUAAUGUGGGCAAUUAAUAAUCACCAUACGUCAAUUGUACGUCAGCUCAUUGAAAACGAAGCAUCAGUCACUUUAAAAACUUCAACUGGUAGGUCAGCUUUGAAUUUCGUCACUCCUCAUAGUGAUAUUUACAAAUAUUUGGAGCAGAGGGGCUACAUAAACGAUACAGGAGCAGAAGAUGAUUUUUAUUUCCAAGCUAAAGACCCAAACGAAGUCGAAGAAGAGCUGUCACGUCAGUUUAUGAUUGAGAGUGCUGCUAUCAACUUAGAUGUUGAUUUGGCUCAUCUGAAUGUAAAGGAUGAUGAUGAUGAUGACUUUUAUGAUGGUACCACUGCACGCACACCACGUGGUGAUGAUGAUGAGGACGAUAAUACUGGAUCUCAGCAUUUUAUUUGGGAAAGAUGUUUACCAGACCAGAUGUUUGUAUUCAACAUAUCAGACAUCCCUCGCAUUCUUAACAUUGCUAUUACUGACAUGCAACCUCAACGAAGUCGCAGUCAAAAGCCUGUACCUGCCAAUAUGAUAUUUUUGUCUGCUAGGUACGCCCACUAUUACUGCAAUGAAGAGACAUUAGAACAUCUUUUGAAUCCUGUGAUUAUGCGAAUUCGCAGUGUCAUGAAUGAACAUACUCAGGAUAUCGCAUUUCUUGCAUUUUGGUUGUCAAAUUGCUCAUUAUUACUGUACUAUUUACGUAAGGAUCCUGGGCUAAAUGCUGUUACUACCCAGUUUCAAGGCAACUUGUCACAACUGAUAGGAGAUAUCUACGUUCUUAUCACACAAGAUGUUGAGUUAAGGUUUGACAAGACCUUGGAUGCUAGUAUUCUUGAUCAUGAAACCAUUCCCGGCCUGGAUGCUAUUGCAUAUCAAAGUGAGUGGAAGAUUUUCAAGUCCAAAGCAAAGCCAUUGACACAUAAAGAAGAAGUAGACCAAGUUACAAAGCCUCCCUCGCCAAAACGUAAAGCACAACCUUCGCCUAGAAACAUCACAUCGGUUCUUAGCUCAGUCCUGUUCGUAAUGGAUCUGUAUGAUGUGCAUCCAAUCAUUACACAACAAAUAAUCUCUCAGAUCUUGUUUUGGUUGGGUGCUGUACUUUUUAAUCGAGUCAUGUCGAACCGUAAAUACUUGGCCCGUAGUCGUGCCAUGCAGGUGCGCUUGAAUGUUUCUGCCAUAGAAGACUGGGCUAGAUCAAAUAACAGGCAGCCAGAACAGGUAGACGAAUUUGGAAAUUCCACUGCUACUACCACUAGUAAAUCCAACCUUGCAUAUCUUUCUAUUGUUGAUAUAUGUCAGAGACAUUUCAGUUCUCUUGUACAAAUUCUACAGUGGCUCCAGUGCUUCACUGGGUUUGGUGAUGAUUUCACCAAUGUUAUUGCCACACUUCAACAGUUGACCAACCUGAAUCCACUUCAACUAUUGCAUGUAGCAAAGAAGUAUCGUGCUGAAGUUGGAGAGAAGGGUCUUUCUAAAGAAUACAAAGCAUACUUGGCCCAACUAGCUGUACAUCACGAACGUCAAUAUACACAUCAUGCCACUGUGGACAAACCAGAUAUUAAACGAGAGAUCCGCGCUGCUAAUGAUAAAUCUAAAGGCAAAGACAAAGAGAACGUGGACAAUGCUACAUCGUCCAAAGUAGAAGAAAAAGUUGUUGCUACCACUGAAAAGUCCUCUACAGAAUCACAAUCUAAUGGUAAUGUGGACAAUAGCUCAAGCCAGAAACCGAAUAACAAACCAGAAAAUACGGUUCAAAAAGCAGACGCAGCAGAAUCAGAUAGCAAAGAAGAGGAGCAAAGUUCUAAGGAAAAGGAAAAUACGACUAAACCUGAAGAGCAUAAGUCAUCUGCCGAAUCAUCAGAUGAUUCUUCCAAUCCAGCCAUCUCAGCUGAAGAUGAAGAGCGGCAGAAACAACCGGUCCAAACCACUUUCACAAACAAUGAUUCUGAACGAGACGAACAACCUGGAAAGUUAGAGAUCUAUCUUGAUGCGUCAGAGGUACUUCCCUUCAUCAUUCCUACUUUAAGGGAAAUGAUUGUGACUUGGGGUGCUGGUCUUGGUGGUGUUAAUAAACAGCGAGCCAAAAAGUAUGAGCCUUCACUUCCCACCGACAUCAUCGAUAAGUUUGAUUUGAGCAAGGAAGAAAGCGACGAGUACAACGACGCAACUCUUUCUUCUACUACUGGGGCAUCAGCGCUCGAUGGUGGUGACACCAGUAUGUUCCAGGCUUUAGCUGUCCCUCAGCCAUCUGUUCAUAAGUCUUGGGGAGACGACCCCAGUGUCACUGAUGACCUGGAUGCGGGUUGGUAA